AGAUCACAUUAGUUAUCCUUUGUCAGUCCGUUAGUCAGUUUAUUUGUAGACCGAAAAAUCGAAAGUGUAUCAUUUGGGCGUGAACAGCUUGCCACUGCUCCACCAGUUGGAUCAAGAUCGGGAUGGAGAGGCGAAGAACCCGAAAGUCCUCGCAUCAAUACGUGCGCUCCAAAUUGAAUCCUUCUGUUGGCGGAGGAGGAGUAGCAGAGGGCAGUGGUUCAUCAUCGCCAGACGGUAAUAAAGCAUCCACCAUCACAUCCCUUCUGGGCGGCAGACUCCAGAGGGUUUCCCGCAUCGCCAGAGUUCCGCACGGCCUGCAAGUUACCAAAAAUCCAGACGAUGGUGCGGCACCAAUCGUGCCCGAUAGAGAAUCCGGCGCAUCGGAUGUGUCCGGUGUGAAUCCGGGCGUUAUGGUCAUUCCGGAGGCGGCCAGUCCCCGGGGAUCGGCGGUGCAUGGCACACACGUUAGUUUGGUUUUCAGUACCACGGCCAGGGAUUCGGAGAGUCCGCGUAUAUCGGAGGAAGUGACCGAGGUAUUCCGGACCUCCUCGCGUAGCACAUCCAAUCCUCCCGCUGGGGGCAAUCUGCGCUUUGAUUCCACGCCCGUUGGUCUGGAUGACGGCGGGACAGGCAACAUAAACUUCGCACCGCACACCUUCUACGAUCAGAACAGGUAUAGCAGCAUGAUAUCCAACGAUGACAGCGAAGACAACCGAGGACAGAGUGGACAGAGUGGCCAGAGCAUGGGCGCCUGCCGCCAUGGCUGGACGGCGCGUCAACCGCCAACUGGCGCUGGUCACGCCGGCAGGGACACCCUGGGCUUCGCCAUCAAUCUGGGCACCGCCACCUUGGGCCACGAGCGAUGCAGCCUGGGCGUGGCAUGCGACGAGGACUGCGGCUAUGGUACUGGCUGUGAUGCCGCCUGCGGUGAGGCACAUGGCGUUGAUCCCGGUAGCUUUGUCUAUCCGGGAACGCUGGGCAAUGCACCGUUAAUCUUGGCACCGGCAUCAGGAGGUCCAGCUGCACCGAGUGCCCUACGGGGAGCUCAAGGUGGUGGCUAUAAGCCCGUUGGCGCCGCCCAACGAGGAUCCUUUGGAGCGGAUUUCGGAAGCGAUCAGCUGAACUUCUUCAUUACCUUUCUACUUGAGGUACUCGGUGUGCUAGUCUUCUUUGCCAUCUGCACGAUAACAUUUUGGAUUACUCUGGGCUACCAUGUCGUCCAGUUGCUGGUGGACCUAAAGAACGCCGAUCGCAACGUUCAGGUGGCGGUGGCCAUUGUCUUCGGACUGCUGCUUGUCGCCUUCGCCAUUUCGCAGGUGACCCACCUCAGUGGCUCCUGUUGUCGUUCACGGGAUCGAGCCCGUUCCAGGGCCAAAGGUGGUGGCAUUGGCUUCUUCCACAGAUCCAGCAAGUCCAAGACCAAGAGCAGUGCCUCCAAGACCAGGAGCUGUGCUCACAAGCCCAAGAUCAAGAAGGCAGCUAGUUGUGGACCCAGCUUGGGCUUCCACUCGCAUCGUAAGAUGCGGUAUACGGAUUGCGAGGGACGGGCAAUAUUCCUCAGCUCCAGACGAUACGCUAUUCCCACUGAGAUGAAACAGCCGCCCACCAUUGUGCUCUGGAUGCGCGACGCACUGGCUCGCAUGAUGCAGUAACCAAGAGGGAUUCGCGGCCCCACGUUGGGCGCCAAUAUUCGUUCAACUGACUUGAUACUGACAGGCGAGAGCUACACAUGUGUAUUGUAUCUGGCAACACGAACCAUUCGACAAUUGGCAACAAAUUUCAAUUUGAAUAAACUUAAUGAUUCCUUUGCAGAACUUA